UACGGGUUUAGGUCGACUUUAGCAGCGUUAAACCGAAUUAAGCCUGGACACGUCCACACAACGAAGCCCUUUCUUUCGACUUAAAGGGUCCUUUAAACCGGUUUCUUUACACCACCUCCGACGAGGGGAUUAGCGAUAAAACCGGCCUUUGCGGGUCGGAAUUGGGGUAGUGUGGACGGAAUUCGACGUUAUUGGCCUCCGGGAGCUAUCCCACAGUGCUUCAUUGUGACCGCUCUGGACAGCACUCUCAACUCAGAUGCACUGACCAGGUAGACAGGAAAAGACCCGCGAAUGUUUGAAUUUCAUUUCCUGUUUGCCCAGCGUGGAGAGCACAGGUGACCACGCAGAGCUCAUCAGCACAGGUAACCAUGAUGGAGUCCCAGGAUCGCAAAAGAGCUCCAGCAUGGACCGAACGGGAGGUACGAGAUCUGCUCGCCAUAUGGGGAGAUGAAGCAGUGAUAGCUGAACUCCGUAGCAGUAAAAGAAAUGGAAAAGUAUUAGAAAAGAUCUCCAAGGCCAUGAAGGACCGAGGCCAUAACAGGGACACACAGCAGUGCCGCGUGAAAAUUAAGGAGCUAUGGCAAGCUUACCACAAAGCCAGAGAAGCAAACGGAAGGUCUGGGGCAGAGCCGCAAACUUGCCGCUACUACGCGGAGCUGCAUGCGAUCCUAGGGGGUGCAGCCACCACUACCCCAACCGUGUGCUAUGACUCUCUCACUGGAGAAACACACAGGGAAGACAGUUCGGGGAACGAGGAAGAUGACGAUGGAGGUACUGUAGGUAGCUCACAGCAGCAAGGAAGCGGAGAAACCGGUUUCCCCAACAGCCAGGAUAUGUUUGUGACCCUGGACCUGGAACCAGUAACCCCCGAACUCACCCAAGACCCUCAGGGCACACAGGAGACCUCUGCUGCAAAUGUUUCUCCUUUGCAGAGGCUCGUGAACAUUAGAAAGAGAAAACGUAGGACGAGGGACGAUAUGUUCACGGAGCUGCAGAUGUCCUCCCACGCUGAUAGAGCACAGCAGAAUGCGUGGAGGCAGUCAAUGUCGGAGAUGAGAAAAGCCCAAUAUGAACGAGAGGAGAGGUGGUGGGCUGAAUUGCGGGAUGAACAGAGCAAGUGGCGGGCUGAAGACGAUAGGUGGCGUCAGCUUGCAGACAGACGGCAAGAGGCAAUGCUCCGUCUGCUGGAGCAUCAAACUGAUAUGCUCGAGCGUAUGGUUGAGUUGCAGGAAAGGCAGCAGGAGCAGAGACCGCCGCUACAGCCUCUGUGUAACCAACAGCCCUCCUCCCCAAGUUCCAUAGCCUCCUCACCAAGACGCCCAAGAACACGGUGGGGGGGCCUCCGUCCACCCAGUCACUCCACCCCAGAUGAUCGCCCAAGCAUCAGAAGGCUGGCCUUCAAUAAGAGUUAAA